CAAGUCAUAGCCGAAGCUCGGCUACGCAUAACCGUUCACCCCGUCCGAGUCAGUGACAUCGUCGAGAAAAAAAAAAUUAAGUCAGUAUCGAAACCACGAAGCCCGAAGGGAUGAGGAGGGCCGAAAAAGCUUGAGCGACCGAAAUGAGCAUAAGAUGGCGUCGCUGCGUCCCAUGAUUCGGUCGGCGGCCCGGUGGCGGGUAGCUGCAGCGGCGGCAGCGCCUCUACGACGACGCUUUGCGACGGCUUCCGACGCGCGAAGCUCGGGCGAGGCCGCGACGGCCACGCAGCAGCACGCGCACCCGGGCAAUCGGGUGCGGGUGGUCGAGGUCGGGCCGCGCGACGGCCUGCAGAACGAGAGCAAGUCGAUCCCGCUGGCCACCAAGAUCGAGCUCAUCGAGCGGCUGGCCAAGACGGGCGUGUCCUCCAUCGAGGCCGGCUCGUUCGUCUCCCCGAAAUGGGUUCCCCAGAUGGAGAACUCGGGCGACAUCCUCGAACACAUCCUGACGAAGAAGAUCGACUCGCGCGUCCCCCUCACGUACUCCUUCCUCGCGCCGAACGCCAAGGGCUUCGAGAACGCGAACGCGCUCCUGCAGAAGCACUCGGGGGCGUACCUGACGGAAGCCGAGGCGUUCGCGGGGAAGACGGACCGGCCGGGGGUCGAGCUGGCGGUGUUCGCGGCGGCGACGGAGAGCUUCUCGCGGCGGAACCUGAACUGCGACAUCGAGACGUCGCUGGCGCGGUUCAAGGACGUGAUCCAGGGCGCGAAGAAGCUGGGCAUCCGGGCGCGGGCGUACAUCUCGGUGGUGCUGGGCUGCCCGUUCGAGGGCCACGAGGUCAACCCGCACCGGGUGGCCGAGAUCGCGACGUCGCUGCUGGAGAUGGGCGCGGACGAGAUCUCGCUCGGCGACACCACGGGCAUGGGCACGGGCCCGCGCACGCUCGAGCUGCUGCGGUGCAUGACGGCCGCCGGCAUCCUCAGCGAGGACAUCGCCAUGCACUUCCACGACACGUACGGCCAGGCGCUCGUCAACACGGUCGUCGCGCUCGAGCACGGCAUCCGCGUGUUCGACAGCGCCGUCGGCGGCCUCGGCGGCUGCCCCUACAGCCCCGGCGCCACCGGCAACGUCGCCACCGAGAACAUGGUCUACUUCCUCGAGAGCCUCGGCAUGGACACCGGCGUCGACCUCGACGCCAUGGUCGACGUCGGCCAGUGGAUCACUCAGGAGCUGGGCAAGCCCAACGACUCUGCUGUCGGCAAGGCCGUGCUCGGGGCCCGUAAGCGAGCGGCCGAGACGCCAGAGGCUUGAUAUUCUCAGCUAUACCUAUAUAUAUAUAUACUAUGUAUGUUUACACUGUUGAUUUCUAUAUAUAUGUACGAGAAACAAAUCCACGACUAUACUUGCAUCUUAAUGUAGAGCACGUAUAUUGGCUAUCCGACGUACUGCCGCAAGGAACUAAAUUCUCACCAUCAUCACUAUAUUUUCCCUGUUCCGAGACCGACCCCCUUAAGGCCGAGGACAAGUUUAAGGACAGGAACCCCGAGCAACCCCGAGUCCGUGAUGCCACCGCUUCCUCCUCUUUCAUAGUUAUACCGUAUUCGCGCGGCUCCCAGAGCGCUAGCAUCCAUACAUCCGCCACCCCGCCGCGAGGAAUCGUCCAGGCGCCUGCAACCCGUCCGUGUUCGGAGCCAUCUCGCCCUCGACCUUGUCCGCGGCGACACCGGCCGCCUCUGCGUCGGCAAUAUGUCGAAACGCUCGCGCGCGUCGCCGCCGCCGUCCAGCUCGUGUGGCUGCUACUGCAGCCUCCCCCCAAUAAUCUCCCUACGAGUGAAAACACGACGACGGUGCCGACACAUGCUUGCAGGACUCUCUCGCGACUAUCGGCAACCUCGUGGCGGAGGCGCCGCGGGAGCGCUGACGUGGGUGGCGCCGCGGCAGGAAGUAGCUUUACGUGGCAUCUACGCAUGUUUUCACGCCCAGGUACCUAUGACGGGCUUCUUCGGGUUACUCGUAUGUACGUACUCCGUGUAUUUAUGUACUAAUUCUUCAG